AUGCAAGACAACGCUCACCCCUCCCUUCGAUUGGGAUUCGCUUCAAUCCAAAAUGUGUUAUGGAUUUCGAUAAAAAUGCAUCCAUAUGACAAAUAUCAAAGUCAAAUUACUCAAGCCUUGUCUUAUCCCGAUAAUCUUCGUCCAAAACGAUUACAUGAAAUUAAAGAUGAGUUAGAACCAUUGAAAACUAGAGAAAUAAUUAUGGGCAGUUUAAAAACCAUAGGUAUGAUUGCAUUUGUGGUAUUUUUUUGGAAAUUUUCACUUACCAAAGCACGUCUUAUGCCGCCUCAUUAUCCACCAUCACCAACGGAUCCAAUUUCAUCAUCGAAUGGUUGUGUUAUUCGUGGUUUAUUAUUAGCUGCUGCUGCCGUUCUCUUAUAUUCUGGUGGAAAAAAUUAUUUUAAUCUACAAAAAUUCAACGUUUUAAUUCGAAUGUUAAAGCGAGAUCAUAAUAUCUAA